GCUUCCGCCUGACCAACAUGGCGCCCAAGGCGAAGAAGGAGGCUGUGCCUCCGAAGACAGAGGCGAAGGCUAAGGCGCUGAAGGCCAAGAAGGCUGUCCUGAAGGGGGUCCACAGUCACAAGAAGAAGAAGAUCCGCACAUCACCGACCUUCCGCAGGCCCAAGACCUUGCGACUGCGGCGACAGCCCAAGUACCCCCGGAAGAGCGCGCCACGGAGAAACAAGCUGGACCAUUAUGCCAUUAUCAAGUUCCCUCUGACCACAGAGUCUGCAAUGAAGAAGAUUGAGGAUAAUAAUACUUUGGUUUUCAUUGUUGAUGUCAAGGCAAACAAGCACCAGAUCAAACAAGCUGUCAAGAAGCUUUAUGAUAUCGAUGUGGCCAAGGUCAACACAUUGAUUAGGCCUGAUGGGGAAAAGAAGGCUUAUGUCCGACUGGCUCCAGAUUAUGAUGCACUGGAUGUAGCCAACAAGAUUGGAAUCAUCUAAACUGCAUGUACCGAGGACUGUACAGACAGGAUAAUAAACCCUGUGACACCACUGAGGGGCUCUUGUGUUUU